AUGAAGUCAACCACACUAUUGCUGCCUCUAUAUACGGCUGCCCUUGCUGCUGCGGUUUCGCAUCCCAAGGACCCUCAAGUUGUCCUGCAAGAGCCGCAGGUUACUAUCGCCGAGCCGGAUGAGUAUCUCAUUGAGCUGUCGCCGGGCGAGACAAGAUGGGUCACCGAAGAUGAGAAGUGGGAACUACGCAAGCAAAACAUCAACUUCUUCGAUAUCACGCACAACGCAGAGCUCGGCACGCUGAACCACCAGCUCAAAACCGAGAGCGUGAAGUUCCCUGAAAAGCCUAUAUACAAUGAGACCAUCGCCCCACUGCUCAAGAAAUUGGAGAAGGACAACAUGCGAGCGCAUCUCGAGACCUUCACCUCAUUCCACACCCGAUAUUACAAGUCGAAAUACGGCGUAGAGAGCUCGGCAUGGCUCCUCGGUCAAGUCAACAAGACAAUCGCAGAUGCAGGCGCUGUCAACGCUUCUGUGAAGGCGUUUCCCCACCCCUGGGGCCAGUCCUCUAUCAUCGCCACCAUCCCUGGCAAGAGCGACAAGACGAUCGUCAUUGGUGCCCAUCAAGACAGCAUCAACCUCUUCUUCCCAUCUCUCCUGGCCGCCCCGGGUGCCGAUGAUGACGGCAGCGGUACCGUGACCAUCCUCGAAGCGCUGCGCGUACUUCUCAAGUCCGAAGAAAUUCUCAAGGGCGAGGCAGACAACACAAUUGAGUUUCACUGGUACUCUGCUGAAGAAGGAGGUCUUCUGGGAUCGCAGGCCAUUUUCCAGUCCUACGAGAAGGAGGCUCGCAAAGUCAAGGCUAUGCUUCAGCAGGACAUGACUGGUUACGUUCAGAAGACGCUCGACGCAGGCGAGCCAGAGUCUGUUGGUGUCAUCACCGACUUUGUUGACCCUGGCCUUACCGAGUUCAUCAAGCAGAUCAUCACCGUCUACUGUGGUAUCCCGUAUGUUCUCACAAAGUGUGGUUACGCCUGCUCGGAUCAUGCCAGCGCGUCCAAGGCCGGCUACCCAUCAGCCUUUGUCAUUGAGUCGGAUUUCAAGUAUAGCGACAACAAGAUUCACACAACCGAGGACAAAAUUGAGUACCUCAGCUUCGACCACAUGCUUCAGCAUGCGCGGAUGACGCUUGCUCUGGCAUAUGAACUUGCUUUUGCUAAGUUCGAGUAG